AUGAGACUGUCUGUGUGUGUCCUGCUGGUCACUCUGGCCCUUUGCUGCAAACAAGCCAAUGGUCUGGCAUGUCCCAUCGUUGUUACUGAAAGUUUAGAGUUCUUGGAUAUCCCACCAGCUUUGUACAAGCUCUCGCUCCAGAAGUUCAAUCCACCUUCGGAAAAUGUGGAUGCAAAGUUGAAGGUGAAGGAAUGCACCGAUAAGAUGUCCGCUUUGGACAGAAACCAAAUUAAAAUAGCACUGAAAGCAAUUCUCCUCAAGAAGUGUACUCCAUGA